AUGAUUAGUCGCCAUGUUCGAGAGUACUUUAUAUCGUUCGAGAGGAUGAACGGGACGUCGCUCCAAGGUCACGUUGCCAUUGGCCAAUCAGCGCGCCGGUCCCUGAUAUCCCGCCCUUUCAACAGUCCGUUUAAGACGGAUUCCGAUGGGCGAUCGCCACUGUCAUAUGCGGCCCAAUAUGGAGACGAGGUCGUGGAGUUGUUGCUGAGAGACGAUCGGUUGUUGGCAGGACAAUUCGACGAAAAUUUCCGAUCACCACUCUCCUAUGCAGCCGAAUCGGGACAUCUGGGGGUGGUCAAAAUGCUGUUGGAAUAUGAGACGGCCCACUCGAUCUUUAACGAGGAUGAUCGGAAGAUGGACCCAUUUGCUUACGCAGAGGCUAAUGGUCAUGAUGAAGUUAUGAUAUACAUGGAGGAGUGGAUGUGUGACAAAUAUUCCGCCGUUAAACCCGUUGGACUUUCUAGACGACCCUUUCGAUGCUUCUGA